AUGACCAACAAUAUUCUCAUCACUAGGGAGGUGAUACGACAGAAGUGGCACUUUUUCGCAGCUGAACUUGGAAUCCCGGAAGAAGACUGGCUCACGCUGAGUCCUGGCUGGUUGACGAAGUACAAAGCAAGGAUGGGGCUCAAGGAAUAUAAGCGGCACAGUGAGGCAGCCUCAGCUGACGUGGAGACUGUCGAGAGAGAGCAGAGGCAUAUGAAGGGGGUGAAGUUGCGGCUUACAUAUGCCCUCACAGCAAACGCAGAUGGCACCGACAAACUGCAACCUCUCGUUAUCGGGAAGUACCGCCAACCUCGAGCAUUCAACAAGAAGUCGGCAGCAGCACACGGUUUCCUGUACCGACACAAUCCGAAGGUGUGGAUGACAACUGUCCUAUAUCAAGAAUGGAUCAGGGACUGGAACGAGGAGCUGCGACGGAAGGGGAGACAUGUCUUGUUGCUGCAGGACAACUUCUCUGGGCAUGCUGUCCCUGCUGGUCUCACGAACAUUCGCGUCGAGAACUUCGAGCCAAAUCUGACAUCUCAUGUGCAGCCAAACAACCAAGGCAUCAUCAGGUGCUUCAAGGCCCACUACCGUGCUGCUUACAUCGAACGCGCGAUUGCCCGGUACGACCAGGGCAUCACCCCAAGCAGCAUCUACGACAUCAACCAGCUGCAGGCUAUGCGGCUGGCUGAUAUUGAUUGGUGGCAGGUCAACACCACCACCCUCCGGAACUGCUGGAAGAAGGCUCAAAUCUUACCUGAGUUUACCAGUCCCACCCGUUCUCAACCCUCAGUCCCAGUCUCAUCCCUUCUUGAUGGCGAUGCUGAUCCUCUUCUGCAUGCCAAGAAAGUUGUUGAGGUGGCUCUUGAUGCUCUGCAGGCAACAGGAACCCUCCAGAGAGUGAAUCGGAUGGACUUGACGGAGCUCCUGAACCCAGAGGUGGAGCAGGGGUUAGCUUCCAGGAUGUCGGAUGCGGAGAUCGUGGAGAUGGUCAUGGUCGAGAGCAGGGGAGGCGAGGAGAGUGUGGGAGCAGAGGGAGCGCGUGAUGAAGAUGACGAGGAUGGCCCAAUUGAACUUCCUCCUACAUGCAAGGAGGUCCUCGAGGCCACCGCUGUAAUUGGGCGGUGCCUCGACAACAUGGACAGCAUGCUCGCUCAAAAACUCGAGGUCAUGCUUGCCUCCCUCACACGUCAGAUGAGGGUUGAAGCAUCACAACAGCUUGAGACGUCCAAAAUCACUGACUUUUUUACUCGUAGCUCGUCGGAAUAG